CCCCUUCCCCCCGCACGCGCAAUUACCGUUAGUGACUAAACGGUUCCGUUCAGAGGACGUUGUGAACGGUCGAUCUGUUGUGAACAAUUAAUCUGUUGUGAACGGUUGAUCUGCUGUCGGUGAUCCGCAAUGUAAACAAAUCCGUGUCUGCCGUUAGAAUGCUGUCAGCCCCCAUAAUCCUGUGCGAACGCACCAUGGCGGCGCCCGUCACAGCCCGGAGCUGCAGCCGGCGGACGGUUGAGUCACUUUGGCAAUGUGUCUGGAAGAGAAAUAUUCAGACAACGUCAUCAUGUUUAAAGAACCGAGCAGCCCGCAUUCGAGUUGCCAAAGGUGAUAAGCCGGUUACUUAUGAGCAGGCGCAUCCACCUCACUACAUUGCUCACAGGAAAGGUUGGCUGUCCCAGCACACAAGCAAUCUGGAUGGUGAAGAGGGAGCUGCAGAUCGCACAAUUGAAGAUGUUUUCAUCCGUAAGUUUAUCUAUGGAACUUUCCACGGAUGUCUGGCCAAUGAGAUCAUGCUGAAGAGAAGAGCAAACACCAUUAUCAUCUGUGCCAUCUUCAUUCAGAAACUUCCUCCACAAAAAUUUUAUUUUCUAAUAGGCUAUACAGAGACUCUGCUCUCCUACCUGUACAAAUGUCCAGUCAAAAUGGAAGUGCAGACAGUGGAUAAGAAGAUUGUGUACAAAUAUAUCUGACAGAAUGCACAGAAACAAUACUCCCUGGAUAUUGAAUGAGUGGCAUUGCCUGAUUUGUUUCUUUUAAAUAAACAUCUGCUCUGCUUGGUGAUUUGGAUCCUAGACAGAAAGUGCUGCAGUAAUUUGAAGCAUUUUUCAUAAGUACCUUUUCCAAAUUUUGGCCUUUAGUUGCCUUCUCAAAGCCAUUCCAUAUUCAUGGUUGUAACACGGGGUAUUUCAAUGGCAUUGUAAGGUCACUCACACUGAACUCCAUGCCAUCUCCAGCACAAGUUAAAGUACAAGGGAACAUUAAACCAUUAACAAAAAAAGCAGUAAAUUUCCAGAUACACCAGUCAUCUAUUACCGAGUACUCUGCCCGAAGGAAAAGAAGAACAUUUUGCAAAACCAAAUUCUCAGCUUCCCAGUCUUAAAUCAUUUCCCAGUUAACCACCAUUAAGUGGGUUCACAGUAGCUAGGAGAGGAUUUGAUAGACUAGGCGGGCAGAUCGCCCCUUUCUAUAUAACUGAGGUAGGCCACCAGGGGUACGCAGGAGGCAAACACAGUCCUAGACCCUGCAGCAUUACCAUAGACAGCUGCUGUGUGCAUUGAGCCAACAGGUUGUUGCCAAUCUUCAGUCCUACUGCUGCAGUAAAGGGAUGUUUAAAGCACCCAAUGGUCAUCUUUACUAAAGGCACAGUAUAUUGUAAGUGUGUUUGUACUCUUGGUCACAUAUUAAUAAAAGGACAAUGUAAAAUUC